UCUUGUGUAUUGGUUGGCAACCCAAAGCAGUCGCUGCUUUGGGUUGAUUGGCGACGAAAGCUGAGCGGCGGGUAGCUCAAGUCCUUGCACGGGUUGGUACGCGAGGAGUUUGGCCAGCAAACUGGGCACCAUACAAUCGGAAGCGCCUCGGAAGAGGGUGUAAGGUUUGUUUGAGCGUUUUUUCGCCCUCCAAACCAAGCACAGGGCGGCUGGCUACACGCUACAUCGGAGAGAGAAGAUAAGGCUUGUGGCUUGUGGGUGCGCUCCCGCACUUCAUUGGGAGGGAGGCGUCGCGCUGGAGAGCUGUAAGUUCGAAGGCUCAGCCUAGUCGUGGGUGAAGAGGCUUUCAGGCCAUCCUAGGCCCCGCUGCUUUCGAGAUCAAGCUGCUGGAGGCACGGCGCCACGUUUUCGGGGAGCUUGUUGACCGUAUCACGCACCGGACACCACAGGGAGCGCGAUGGGGCAGAGCAACAGCAACUUCGAGCUUGCGAGCGAGGCCAGGCGGGCAGCGGAAAGAUUCGACGAAUGCGAGAUAAAGGUGAUCAAGGAGACCUUUAAGGACCUCUGCCACGUCAAUGGCGGCUCGAUGCGGAUCGACAAGGAGACCUUCCUGCAAUACCUUCCGCUGCCCGGCCUUCUGGGAGAGCGCCUAUUCGCCGUGUUCGACAAGAAGUCGUCGGGGGAGAUAGACUACGAGGAGUUCGUCUGCGGGUUGGCGGUAACCUGCCGGGGGAGCUGGGAAGAGAAGGUGGAGUUCAUCUUCAACCUUUACGACAUCCACGGGCAGGGCGCCGUCAACCGGGACGAGCUCGCCGCCCUCCUGAACCACGUGCCCAAGUCGAUCAUGCGCUUCGGCCGGGCGGUCGCCCUCGACGCCACGACAGCCGAGGCCAACCAUCACCACCACCAUCACACCCAGAACCAUGGCAGCAACCACCAUCCUCCUCACCGAGAACAGCCACGCCGCUCGUCCGCGCCGGCGUGCGCUUCCGCUUCCGUUGAGCACCACCACCCGGCCGCCCACCACCCCCAACCGACCCACCACGCCGGGCGCCCGCAGCGGCACCCCCCACCGUCCAGCGCGGGGACCAUGUCCUCCGCGUUUUCGGCGGGGCGUUGUUCCCCAGACCUCUUGCAGGCGUCCUCGCCGCCCGCGGCGAUCGGUGAUGGCGGUGGGUUAGAUGUUGUUGCUCCCGCUGCUGCUCCUGUUGUUGCUGGUGGUAGUGGUGGUGGUAGUUAUACCAUCGCCGCCGCCGGUGGGGUAGUGGCGGCGGUGCCGGGGGCCGGGGGCGCCGGGGGGGAAGAGGAAGGCGGAGGAGCGGCGGACUCGUCGCCUCCUGCUCCGUUGUUGACUUGCGGGAACCUGAUGCAGCUUCACGCAACGCUGUCGUCGAACGCGGGUAGUGAGCGCGAAGAUGGCGUUGCUCGGCCGCCAUCGGUGGCGGGGGGCGGAGCCGCUACGGAUGCCGAGCGGGGUUGCUGUGGCUACGGCGGCAGCGGCAGCGGCAGCGGCAGCGGCAGCGGCAGCGGCGAUGCUGCCGCUGCUGCUGCUGCUGCUACUGAUUACGCAGAAAAGGGGGUUACCUCUGAAGCAGAGGGGGUUGCCGCCAAUGUAGAGCGGGGUACCGCCACAGCAGAGGGAGUUACCGCCGAAGAGGGAGUUACCGCCGAAGUAUCGGCCGCGUUGGAGGCGUUAGCGGCGGCCGCCGCCGCCGCCGCGGCCGCAGAUAGUACGAACGAAGCGGCAGAGGCGGUGAAAACGGCGGGGGCGGCGGCGGCCGCUAAUAGUUCAGGCGAAGAGGCGGCGGUGAAAACCGAUGCCGAAAUCGAGGCCGAGAGUGAUACGGGGGAACGGGUAGCGGCGGCGGCGGCGGCCGUCGUCGCGGCUUCGGCGACUCCGGGGUCGUGGGUAGCGGUACGGGGUGGGGGGGUCAGUAGUGUUUCAUCCCCUAGGGAGGAGAAAGAGGCGGACAUCCGCAGCCGCAGCAGUGGCAGCAGCGGCGGCGGUAAUGGGAACGGGGUCUCCUCGCCGCCGGUGUUGGCGAUGGAAGACGGCAACAACGGUGGGGACGGCGCUGUAACGGCAGCGCCCGAUGACGAGGGUCCGGUGUCGGCGACUUCGGGGCCUUCGGCGGCUGCGGUGGCUACGGCGGCUACGGCGGCUGCGACGGCGGCUACGGCGGUCUUUGAGGAAGGGGCGAGGGGGUCGGCCUCUCCACCCCGUGCGGAGAAUAGAGAGCCGCCACCCGCGGGAGUGGCGCCGGACAGCGUGGGGGGUGAAGGCGCGGCGGCAGUUGCGGCUGUAGGCGCUGCUGCCCACGCGACCGAGCUGAAGGCAGGGAGUGCUGGGGGCGAAGGGGAGAGCAGCGGCAGGAGCCGGCGCGGGACUGCUCGGUCGGACUCUUCGACGGAAGGCGGGGCUAGCCUCGCCGCCGCGCAGCACCACCCGCACUGGGAAAUAUUCACCAACAACGACAUUGUUGAUCAGGCUUUCGAAGAGUGCGACCUCAACCAAACAGGGAAGCUCACCUUUCCCGAGUUCCGGUUGUGGGUGGAGCGAAACCCUAUCGUCACCCAGUUCCUGCAGUCCGUCUUCCCGUACGACGAGCACAGAGAGUGGGGGGACGACCGGAAGCACCUGCCCUUCAUUCACAACCGAGACUUUACGGCGAGCCCGAUGCGAAGCGAGCCGAGCGUUGGAGCAGGAGCAGGAGUAGGAGACCCCGAGAGCCCCGAACAUGAGACUCGACGCCUCCUUGUGAAGGCUCGAAACACGACCCGUGACGAGGCCUUGCGGGAAAACAUCGACCGUCUAAUCGAACAGGUGGCGGGGACGGCCGUGGGAGGGGAAGGGCUCCCUGCAGUUGCGUCCAUGUGUUCUAUGAACGGGACCGCUUCUCCAGACGCCCAUUCUCAGCACGGCGACGGCCCUCCGGCGAACAGCGGUCGCAAGGGGGUGACGGGGAACGCUCCCAGCGUCUUGCUGAGCAAGCUGAGCCCUCGCUCGGCAAAGGUGAUGCAGAACCAGACCGUGGCGAAGCAGGGCUUCCUGUGGAAGCAGGGAUACCGCCUGAAAACCUGGAAACAGCGAUGGUACGUGCUUGUGGGUAACUGCAUCUACUACUACCACCACGAGGCGGACGUGUACCCCAGCAAGGUCAUGUUCUUGACGGGUUCCUUCGUAGAGCCUCUGCAGGAGGUGGCCAACGAGCGGAAGGGGUAUUGGGGGAUCGAGAUCUCCCGCAACCGAGAACAGAAGAAGCACCGUCGACGGUGGUAUACCCGAUCGAAGGUGGAGCAGCUCAAGUGGGUCAAGGAGCUGAGGAAAGCCAGCGCCGUCGUGCCCAUCGAGGAUGACUUCGAGAUCGGGGAAGAGCUUGGCAAGGGGAGGUUCAGCCGCGUGUGCAUGUGCGUCAACAAGCACACGCUGGAGCGCAACGCCGUGAAAAUAAUCAUGAAGGAGGACAUGAAGCAGGACGAGAAGGACCUCCUGCGGGCGGAGAUCGCCAUCAUGAGGCUCGUCAACCACCCCAACAUCAUCCGCAUGGAGGCCGUUUACGAGAGCAAGAAGGACAUCUUCAUCGUCAUGCAGCUACACUCCGGGGGCGAGCUGUUCGACCGCAUCGUGGGCCGUCCAAGGUUUACGGAAGACGAGGCGUUCACGGUGAUGUACCCGCUGGUGGAGAGCGUCGCUUACCUCCACGAGAUGGGCAUUGUGCACCGCGACCUCAAGCCGGAGAAUAUUCUGUGCGGCGACCGCAUCGAGGACAUCAAGAUCGCCGACUUCGGCCUCAGCAAGAUGGUGAUGCCCGACGAGAUAAUGAAGAUGCCUUGCGGUACCCUCACUUACGUGGCGCCGGAGGUACUGACCCUCAAUGGCUACGGGAAGGAGGCCGACAUCUGGUCCGUGGGGACCAUCAUGUACCUCCUGCUCAGGGGCCGCCUGCCUUUUGACGGGGAGACCCGAGAGGAGAUCAUCGAGAACACGAUCCACGGUGCGAUCGCAUGGCAGAACGACCCCGUGUGGGCCAACUUCUCCGAGGAUGGGAAAGACCUAGUGUUGGGCAUGCUGAACAAGGACCGGGAGAAGCGGUAUACGGCCAAGGCUAUCCUGGCACACCCGUGGAUCACGCAGCGGGAGUGCCGCAGGGAGGAGCACCCGGAGCUGUUCGAAUUCGACUUUUAGCUAGAACACAGCGGAGCGGGAUAUUCAUUUCGUCGUCGGUCCCCGCCCCGACGAAAUCUUUGUGCCUCGCGCUGCCGGUGCGAAGAAUGGUACAUGCUCAGGUUUCUCAAGGGAGUGUUUUUUUUGUUUUUUUGACAACGUGCGUGUCGAUAGUGGCGAGGGUUCCCGCGGUGGUAAUAAAUGGGUGGAGUCGUUGUAGGCAUGUUUGGAGUAGGCAGGGUGGGGCUAGGGGACCGGGGCAUUUUCUUGAUCACCCGAUGCACGCGCGUUGUACUUUGUGUGCUUCGGGCGAAAGCUGUGGUGCUGUAAAGCGUUGAGCAUACUCUAUUUUUUGUUGGUUCCGAGGGGCGAGACUGGAUGUUGUGAUCGUUUGUUUAUCGGGUUGGGGAGAGGGAGCGAGGAAUCUCACCAUGUUUUGUCACACGCGUUACCAUACAAUAAUUUUUGUGUAUGCUUUCGUUCGUACUUCGGCCGCGCCGUCGUGAAGUGGGCGUCGACUUUUGACUGUUUUCUGCGGUCGUUGCGCAGUAGUGGUGCGCAGCAGAGAUGCUGGAUCUUGUGCAGAAAGCAUGUCCGUCGCACUUCUGUUGUGUGACGGGUUUAUUCCCGCUGCUGCCGUGUCGAAUAUCGCCGGUCAUGCUGUUACUGUAGUGUCUGAGUAAGGGCGGUUUCUGUUUCUGUGUAGAAGGGGGUGUUGGAGCUGGAACAAGCUGCCCAGCCUUUUCAAGUCUUACCUACUGCGUUUGUUGACGUUGGCGGCAUUUUGGUGCUCGCCUUAGCUGCUGCUGGGUGUGUUUGCAACCUGGUGUGCUGCUGUGUCCGUGUGUGUGCUCUUCGCUCUCCCCCUUGUCUCGGGGCAUGCAAAGGGCGUCACCGGUUUCAUGUUGAAUGGUCUUGCUGCCUUCGUGCCAUUUUGGACCAUCUGCGUAGAAUAGCGACGUGUUGUGUUGUAUUGUAAUACGUGUUCCGCGUGUCCAUCUCGAGAGUUUUGUCCAUGGUAGAUACGAUCAAUAGGGAGCAAGCAAACUAGUUUUGAAAUCGCGGUUGCGGCUCUCCUUGCCUUCGUGUGAAUUUGCACCUCUUUUUCUUCCAUUUUCUUUCUGUCGUUGUUCUACAUAUCUCUGCCCUCGAGACCCUGGUGCAGCCCUUCUUCGCCUGCUUGAUCAGUCGCCUUGUUGUGUGUAGUUGUUGUCUCUGUAUCCGUAUUUCUCGGCAGAUAUUUUGGGCUAAUUGUGGGCGACGGAAUGGCGCUGCUGCUGCUGCUGCUGCUGCUGCUGCUGCUGCUGCUGCUGUGUGGUUGGUUCUUACGCUUCGUAAGCUGUUCGCUCGCGACUUUUCUUUUUUUCGGCUGCCGUCUGUGUGUUGCGCGAAGACUAGCACCGCGUCGUGGUCUUGACGAAAGAACGCAACGCCCCGCGGGGAUGGCAGCGGUUAUUGGUAUCUACUGUAGAUGUUGGUUUUUGCUCACGCAGGCGUUUCUGGCCUCUCGGCGGAGUGAUAUUUUCCGUCCGCAGCAUUGUUUUUUUUCGUACGGUGACGAACACAGGAAAUCUACGUAGAGCAAGACAGGAACGUGUCCUGCACUGGAGGCGCACAAGCUCGAGCGAGCUAGGGUAUGUUCUUCUUGCCGAAGAGCGGUAUCAAUCACCGAGGAGCAGUCGGUCGCAAUGGCUAGAGUAAAGGUUGACAAGGAAUGAGUUGCUUGACCAACAAGUGAAUUACUUGAUCAAGGAGUGAAAUACCUGAACAAAGAGUGAAUCUUGUGUACCCCAGUUGUCCACGGAGACAGUAAGUUCGAUGGUUCUGUUUGGUUGCCUCGUUGUUUCAUUGAGUCUCGAGUGUUCGAGUAUCAUCAGCGCGUGCUUCCCGCCAGUUCCCCUUUUUCCUCGGUAGGGACAUUUGCGUGCAAUCCACCGUUGGUCUCCACGUCGACUGUACGAUUUGCGGGUGGGUGGGUGGAUGAGGAAAUUGGCUUUGCUGGUGCUGUCUGACCAAAAAGGGGUGGAACAGGACAAAAGCCGAGAGCAAUUUGUUGUCCUGUUGAGUAAGAUGCUUUUGUGUCUCUGUUUUUUGAGUGACGUGAUUUGUGUGCUAGCUUCAAUCAGCGAGUAACAAGUGUCCGCAAGUCGGGUAAAUGCAAUGGCAACGAAUGCCCCCCCCAACCUUGGAGGUAAAAUCUCUCUCGUGUCGGGGAGCGUCUGUACACACACAUUCGAUCCUCAAUCUGUUUCGAGCAUGCCAGGACGAGGAUGCAUUCAGAUGUUCCUCGUGCGAGUCCCAGGAGUGUCGACGCGUGGUGUGCAAUCAAGCCGAUGCAUUCGUGAAAUAUGUGUGGGUUUGUGUUCCGCGACGUGGAUUACAGUCGCCUCGUCUCUAUUCCGUGUUGCUGAGCCCCGGAGUUUCACUCUUCACGUUGAAAAAAAACAAACGGUCAGCAUUGAAUUUUCAAC